CUACAAGAAGAAAGAUGCAGAUUUGUCUGUGGCUCAGGGUCGCAUUAAGGAUCUUGAAGUGCUGUUCCAUAGAAGUGAAGCAGAACUCAAUACUGUCCUGAAUGAGAAACGCAGUCUGGAGGCAGAGGUUGCCGAUUUGCGUGCCCAACUUGCUAAGGCUGAAGAUGGUCAUGCUGUGGCUAAGAAGCAGUUGGAGAAGGAGACACUCAUGCGUGUGGACUUGGAGAAUCGGUGCCAGAGCUUGCAAGAGGACCUGGAUUUCAGGAAGAAUGUGUUUGAGGAGGAAAUAAGGGAAACAAGAAAACGACAUGAACAUCGUUUGGUUGAGGUGGACACUAGUCGCCAACAGGAGUAUGAAUCCAAAAUGACUCAGGCUCUGGAGGAUCUGCGCAAUCAACAUGAUGAACAAGUCAAACUGUAUAAAAUGGAGCUUGAGCAGACCUAUCAGGCGAAG